AUGUCUCAACAAAACAUAAAAAUAGUUAUUGUUGGUGAUGGUGCGGUUGGUAAAACAUGUUUACUACAAAGAAAGGCAACCGGCAACUUUCCAGAGGGUUAUGUUCCGACUGUGUUUGAUAAUUAUACUGCCCCAAUCGAUAUAAAUGGCAAAUCCUACCUACUGAAUCUUGUAGACACAGCUGGUCAGGAAGGUUAUGAGAGGCUCAGGAGCGUUACCUACCCCAACACUAGUGUUUUUAUGUUGUGUUUUGCUGUUGAUAAUAGAAGUUCAUUUGAAAAUAUUGAAUCCAAGUGGGUUCCUGAUAUUAAAACAAAGGAACACCCGGUGCCAAUUCUCCUAGUUGGGUGCAAAUCCGAUGCCCGCUUAAACAGAGCUGGAAAUAUAAAUACAAUGGGCGGUCGCAUAUUGAUGUACUCCGAGGGAACUACACUGGCACGGAAAAUCGGAGCAGUAGCCUACAUGGAAUGCUCCGCAAAAACUAACGAUGGUGUUAACGAAGUAUUUAAUAAAGCCGUUCUAGUGGGUGCUGGUCUUGAAAAGAAGAAGCGCCGUCGAUGCGAGAUAAUGUGA